AUGGCCCGGGGGACGCUACAUCCCCCCCACCCCCCGCAGUUCGCCCUGUGGCUUCAGACACCCAAUGGCUUGCUCUACUCUACUCUGGCGUAUGCUCGCGAACUCUGCAGCCAAAAUCCGCACUGCACCCGGCAACCAGCACAGUCCGUGAUCUCUGUUGCCAUCUGUAUUCGCAAUCAUUUUGCCUUGUCACCUGCUCACCUACUUCUCCAAGCCAUGACGAACAAGCCUUCCCUCAAAGCCGCCGAGGACUUCUUGUCCUUCGUCAAUGCCUCGCCUACUCCCUUCCACGCCGUCAAGUCGGCUAAAGAGCGACUGGAGAAGGUAGGCUUCAGGCCGAUCAAGGAGCGCGACUCAUGGGCGCCCACGCUGCAGCCAGGGGGGAAGUAUUAUCUUACUCGCAACGGCUCUUCGAUUGUGGCCUUCGCCAUUGGCAAAAAGUGGAAGGCUGGUAACCCCAUCGGUAUGAUCGGUGCUCAUACCGAUUCCCCAUGUCUUCGUAUCAAGCCUGUGUCCAAGCGGCAGAAUGAUGGCUUUCUCCAGGUCGCUUGUGAGACGUAUGGAGGUGGUUUGUGGCAUACUUGGUUCGACCGGGAUCUCAGCAUAGCAGGACGGGCCAUGGUCAGGACAAAGGACGGCACCAUUGAGCAGCGUCUUGUCAAGGUAGACCGGCCAAUCCUGAGAAUUCCUACCCUGGCCAUUCACCUCGAUCGUCAGGAGAACUUCCAGUUCAACAAAGAGACGCAGCUAUUCCCUAUUGCUGGCUUGGUGGCUGCCGAACUGAACCGACAGGGCAAGACUGAGGCCUCCAAGGAGGACAGCCCGGAGUCCAAGGACGAGAGCGAGCAGAUUGAACCACUUGCAGCUCCACUCGCCAGGCAUCACCCAUACAUCGUUGACAUCAUCGGAGAAGAGGCAGGUGCAGCGUCAGAAGACGUGGUCGAUUUCGAGAUGGUCUUAUAUGAUACUCAGAAGUCAGUCCUUGGGGGUCUCAACAACGAACUCAUCUUCUCCCCCAGGCUAGACAACCUCAUGAUGACUUACUGCAGCGUUGAAGGCUUAAUCAAGAGUCUCUCUUCGUCUACAGCCUUGGACAACGACUCGACUAUCCGCCUCAUCGCCUGCUUCGACCAUGAAGAAAUUGGAUCUCAAACAGCACAGGGAGCAGAUUCCAAUCUGUUGCCUGCUGUAAUCCGCCGUCUUUCCGUUCUGCCCGCCUCGGAAAACAGCUCGGACAACUCAUACGAGAAGAUCGAUGUUGACACGGCCACUGCGUACGAGCAAACCCUUUCGACUUCGUUCCUCAUUUCCGCAGACAUGGCGCAUUCAGUGCACCCCAACUAUCCCGCCAAGUACGAGUCCCAGCAUAGACCUGAGAUGAACAAGGGCACUGUGGUCAAGAUCAAUGCCAAUGCUCGUUACGCCACAAACACUCCCGGUAUUGUGCUCUUGCAAGAGGCAGCACGCCGGGCAAAGCCUGCGUCGUCUAGCCCUCCCUCGACAAAAGCAGGUGUGCCACUCCAGCUUUUUGUCGUUCGCAACGACUCUUCAUGCGGCAGCACCAUUGGACCCAUGCUUUCUGCAGCCAUGGGCACACGUACACUAGACUUGGGCAAUCCUCAACUGAGCAUGCAUAGCAUUCGUGAGACUGGUGGAGCUCACGAUGUGGAGCAUGCCGUUAACCUAUUCGACAGCUUUUUUGAGAACUUUGAAGAGCUAGAGAAGAAGAUCAUUGUUGAUUGA